CGACCAGUUAUAGUCGGCCUCGAUGACGGAAUGUGUGAAAUUAUAAGAUGGUGAUGAGCAGUGUUUUCUCAUUUGUAGAUUAAGUAUCAAUUAUAGGUGCUAUAGUUUAUUAGAGAAAUAAUAGUAAUGCGUCCAACGUUGUGAUUGAAUAAAACAUAAAAAUAUAUUUUGUGUAGUGCACUUGCAAGUGUUGAACGUGUUUAGUUGGAUCAUUGACAUUGUUUCGUUAGAAAAUUUUGAACCCGUCGCGUUUGAUAUGUUUAUGCUUGCAUUGUGUACCUUCAGUAGAUCCAGCAAAUGGAUUAAGCGUUUCUGAUGUUUUCAAAUCCAUGGAGAGGAAGGAGCGAACAUAUGCCAACAUGGAGGCCACAGAUACUGUGGACACCAAACAGUCGAAGCAGAGGGCGUCGAUUAAAUGGCUGCUGUCCAAGGCCUUCAACAACAGGGUGCCGGAGAACCUGCAGGAACCAUUCUAUAGGGACCACGAGGAUCAGGAGCACCUUAAGCCGCCUAUAGUUGGGGGUCUGGCGAACGCGGAGCUGUACUGCUUGGCGCUCGCCAACAUGUACUCGGACCCUAACUACCACAGCCUCAGCCAUUGGAACAUCCUGCAGACGCUGGCGAGGAAAGGCGUGCCCGUGUCAGACCCUGCCGACUGCGCACUCACAGAGACCGUCCUAAUACAGACCAACCCUUUGAAAAUGAGUGCGCAUAUGUGUGUCAUGGAAGCUCUAAUGGUGCUGUACGCGCGGGAGGUGGUGACCAGUGACCGGGUGGCGGCUGCAGUGCAGAGGUUCGGUCUCUCCCAGCAGUCGGCUAUCACCAGCCACGAAGACGGUCUGCUAACAUGGAUCAAUGCGGCCUGCGCAGCGCUUAACAAUGCUGAGGAUGAAUCAUCAAGUCAAGUGCCCCCUCUGCGGUCGCUGCAGGAGGCGUGCGAUGGCGCGGCGCUGGCUGCACUGGUGUCGUUCUACUGCCCGGAGGCGCUGCCGCGGUCGGCGGUGCGCGUGGGCCGCAUGGCCUCCAUACACGACUGUCUGCAAAACCUCAUGCUGGUGCGCGACUUCUGCCGCGAACGUCUCCCACACAACGUCUUUCACAUGAUGCCUGAAGACGUUGCAUAUAUGCGCGGAUCAAUGCGCCAAAACUUAGUAGCAAUGCUCGCUGAUCUGUUCAACUUGCUAGAAGUGCAUCCUGUGAAGUCAGUCAAAUAUCCUGGUAUAGCGCGCGCGGACUCCAACGCGCACGGCGUGCGUCACAAGCGCUGCCUGCCGCCGCCGCCGCCGACGCCCAUCCCGGACCUGCGCGCGGACGCCCACGCGCACGCCCACGCCGCCAACACGCCCCUGCCAGUGUCGCGGUCGCCGUCAGCGAGCGGCGUGCGGGGCCGCGCGGCGGGCCGCUCCGCGUGCUCGACGCCCGAGCGGCGCAGCAUGAGCCCGCAGCGCGAGGAGUUCGUGGUGCACAGGGGCCGCGCUAUCACCACGCUAUCAGCACUCGUACGACGUGAAGAGGAACACGCGUUCGGUCAGUACGCGGGCGUGGCGGCGGGGCGGCCGUCGUCGCGAGGCCCGCGCGAGUCGUUCGCGGGGCGGCGCUCGCGGCGCUCCUCCAUCUCUGACGACAGCCAGCUGACGGUGGAGAACUUCGGCGGCUCGCAGGACCGCCUGCACUUCGCCGGCCGCAACCCGGAGAAGGAGCUCGCCACAGUCACCAGCGCGCCCGCUAUGACGCACCAGCGGAAAAUAUCCGCGCCCGCCGGUCCUAUAGACUACAAUCCCCCGCUACGGUCGUCUAGACAAGACAUCCGAGGUUCCAUACAGUUCUUCCAUGAAGACUAUCAGAAUGGUCAAGAGGAGCGAAGUAAGAUGGAGCGGCAGCACUCGCAGACCACAGAGCAGUACUACCCCAUGAGAAGACAACUCAGCACUGACACCAUCACACACAAUCAGAGCCACGGCAUGAGUUACAAAGGAGGAGGGGACGGCUACUACCUUAAUGAUAGGGAUUCCACUGACGGGGAUGGAACGAAAACAAGCUUUGCAGACCUCAACAAGAUUAGAAGCAAUGGUGAUCAACAAGGGCUGGUGAAGAUGAAGGGUGAGGGUGAGCCGGAGCGCCGCAAGACGACCACCUUCUCCACGCCUCCACCCAACACCACCACCUGGCAGCAGCACUUCAUGCAGCAGGAGCACCAGCCCAACGGGGACGAGGCGGAGGGUGCGGAGGAGGCGGAGGGUGGUUCUCCCGGCGGCGGGCAGGCGAUGGCGGCGCAACUCAACAACAUCCGGCUGAAGCUGGAGGAGAAGCGGCGCCGCAUCGAGCUGGAGAAGCGCCGCAUGGAGGUGGCCGUCACCCGCCGCAGCCAGCAGCUCGGCCAGCAGGCCUUCCUGCAGGCCGUCACCAGGGGCAAGGCGGCGCGCACGCCCAACGACCACGACGGCGACGACGACCACCACGGCUCGCAGGACAUGGCGGUGGAGCCUCCGGCACAGGCAGCUGAGAAUGUGGCCCUCGAGCAGUACCAGCAGUCGAUAGCCAAAAUGAACUCUAGCCUGCAAGACAUACAGAGUGAUAUCGCGCGGCUCGCCAGCCAGCAGAGCCAGCUGCAGCAGCAACAGCAACAGCAGCACCAGCAGCAGCAACAGCAACAGCUGCAGCAGCAACAGCAGCAACUGCAACAACAGCAGCAACAGCAGUUGCAGCAGCAGCAACAACAUCUACAGCAACAGCUUCAGCUGCACCAGCAGCAAGCAAAGCAGCUGUUCCAGCAGUCGCAGCCCCCACAGUCACCCUUCCAGCAACAGUUCCAACAAAACAUUCCACAAUUGCACAGCCAGUUCAGCUCCGCGCACAACGUGUCGCGCGCCGCGCACGCGCACGGCUUCGGCUCCUCCCCGCACAUCGCGCGGGACAUCUACGCACUCGACCACGACGACCCGCCGCAGUUCUACCUGCACGACUCCCCCGCGCAGCCCCCGCAGCACCCGCAGCACCCGCAGCAACCGCCCGCGCAGGCCCCGCGCCGCACCUGGGCGCAGCACGCGCACCACGCACAGCACGCGCACCACGACAACACCGAGCUGCGCGGCUGGCAGCUUCAUCAGCAGCAGCCGCUUCAGCAGCAGUUCGGGGCGCAGGAGGCGUCGCAGCGCACGUGGCGGUCGCCCUCCCCGCAGCCGCCGAGCGAGCGCACCUGGCAGCCGCAGGGCUUCCUGCUGCACGACCGCGGCGGCCAGCCCUUCCCCGUGCACUACAACAACGACCGGUACCAGAACGGCACCGAGAACAUUCGAGAAACUCAAAACCAUUUAAGCUAUACUGUGAUAAACCCCAGCCACUACGUGUCCCAGUCGCCCCCGCCCGCGCACAGCCCGCAACGCCGCGCGCACACCCCGCAGCGCCAGGGCUCCCUGCCAGAGGUUUCCCGCAGGCCCGAGCCCGUCAGCCUGCAGCAGCUGCAGGCGGCCGCGCCCCACCCCGCGCCGCACCCCGCGCCCCACCCCGCAGCCCUGCCCGUGCAGCCGCCCGACGACAUGGAGCCGCAGAACAUAUCGUUCAUCGGCAACGCGGAGGACGACGCGCUGCGCCAGGGGAUAAACAGACUGAACAUAUCGUCGGGCACGCGCACCUACCGCAUACCGUCCCCCACGCGGCCCUCGCUCAACAGGAACUCCUUCCAGCACAUGGAGCAGGAGGAGAGCGAACAAAACGAGAAAGGCUUCUACAUAUCGUUCGACAACGAGCAGCCGAAGCGACCGAAGCCGCCGCUGCGCGCGAAGCGGGGCUCGCCGCGCAAGGAGCGCUCCGCCGCGGAGCCCAGCCCCGACCGCAGCCCCGAGGACACGUGGGACGAGCGCGAGGAGCUCGCGCAGCCCCCGCCCGCGCCCCCGGCCGCCGCGCACAGGAGGGCGGGCGCCGCUAGCGACGUUUCGCAGCGAAUGGAAACGCCGCCUAGAGAGCGCCCGCAGCGCGUCGCCGCCGCGGAGCCCGCCGCGCUGCUCAUCGGCGAGCUCAACCCCGACCCCAACUCUGCGGAGGAGAUGGAGCGCAAGAAGGAGCGCAUAAUGCUGCUGUCGCUGCAGCGGCGGCAGCGCGCGGACGAGGCGCGCGCGCGGGCGGAGGCGGCGGCAGCGGCGCGGCGCGCGCGCGAGGACGCCGCGCAGGAGCAGAAGUUGGCGCGCAAGGAGGAGCAGGCGCGCCGUCGCGAGGCCAUCCUGCAGCAAUACAAGCUCAAGAAGGCCAUCGAGGAGGCCGAGCGGGAGGGUAAAGUGCUAGACAAGAGCGAGUUCAUGGACACGCUGAAGGGCGGGCAGUCUCCGGGCGGUGUGGGCGGUGUGGGCGGUGUGGGCGGGGCGCGGCUGCGCGGCAAGGCGGCGCGCGCGCGCCCCAAGACCAUUCACGUGGACUCCGGCGCGCUGCACGCCGCAGAGGGCAUGCUGGCCAAGCAGCCCUCCGCCACCAACCUCUCCGCGGGCGGCACGAUGCGGCGCGACUACUACCGCGGCUCGCAGGACAGUCUCGCCGAGCGCGCUGGACUCUACAGAGAGUCUCCAGUGGAGGAGCGCGGCGGCGUGUCCCCGGGCAGCGCGUCCAGCGGCGCGCUCGGCCGCCGCGGCUCCUGCAAGACCUCGCGAGAGCGAGUCAAUGACGAGGCUCAGUCGGCACGUGGAAGGUCUAAAUAUUCCACUUACCAGAGUAACUUUAAGGCGGGGAGGAAAUCUAGCUCUCUUAUGAACUUGUGCGACUCGGGGCUGGGUCGCGCGACGCCGCCGCGGCGGGCUGCGUCCCCCGCGCUGCGGGCGCGCGGUGCGGGCUCCCCCGCCUCCGGCCCCGGCUCGCUGCCCGCGCCGCCCACCGCCAUCGGCCGCCGCCGCGCGCCGCCGGACGACGCCUCGGACGUCUCCUCCACACACUCCUCCAUCAUGGACUACUCGGGUCCGAAGCUGUACAAGCAGCCGACGACGAAGUCCAACCGCGGCAUCAUGCUGAACGCGGUGGAGUACUGCGUGUUCCCGGGCGCGGUGAACGCGGAGGCGAAGCGGCGCGUGCUGGAGGAGGUGGCGCGCUCCGAGAGCAAGCACUUCCUGGUGCUGUUCCGCGACGCCGGCUGCCAGUUCCGCGCGCUCUACUCCUACUGCCCCGACACCGAGCUCGUCGCCAAGCUCUACGGCACCGGCCCCAAGCACGUCAACGACAGGAUGUUCGACAAGUUCUUCAAAUACAAUUCGGGCAGCAAGUGCUUCUCGCAGGUGCACACGAAGCACCUGACGGUGACGAUCGACGCUUUCACGAUACACAACUCGCUGUGGCAGGGCAAGAAGGUGCAGCUGCCCAGCAAGAAGGACAUGGCGCUCGUCAUCUAGGCCGCUCCGUCCGCGCCGCCCGCGCCCCUCGCAGCCCUCGCAGCCCUCGCAGCGCGCACGCUUUACGAGACAAAAGCUUUUUAUAAUAAAGUAAUCUAGUCGCCGACGGCACUCGAGUCAAGCCUUCGGUCCUCGGCAACGCUUCGUAGGGCAACACUGCCAGUGGCCGGUCUCGUGACGCGCUCCUCGGAAGAGACCCGCGUUGACGACACGCUCCCCACUGGCCGCGAUGGUUCUGGAACCUUAUAGAUGGUGAUGUAUGAUCGCGAAUGUCAGGGAUGUGUGAGAAUGUGCGAGUGGGCGGGCGGCGCGCGGGGAGCGGCGCCGCGCACUCUGACUGCAUUUUAAACGAAACAAAAGAUAUUCGCCAAUGUUUACUUCGUAUACAAAUUAAAUCACAUCUUAUCGAUAUGUAUACAUGACAGAAUAAUUAAUUUUAGUUUUUUAAUUAAGCCUAGCGAUUGAACUAUAGCAAUCUCAUGCCAUAGUUUGAUUUCUAGCUGAGGCUAAAUAUAUGUAUUUUUUUACAAAGAAUCACAAUACUUUAAGAUUUCUCGUCUGAGAAAGUACUUUUCUUUCGGACAAAAAUUGGACCUGAUUAGUUGCAAAGUGUAUAGUGAUUAGUUUUCCCAGUUUGGGACAAAGUGAGAUAGUUCAUUUUAAACUGUUUUCGGGAACGUUUGACAUUUACUUUAUUGAAUUUGUGUUGUGAUUGUUUGGGGGCAUUUUUGUCUGUUUUCUUCACUCUAGGAUCUCUUGUUCGUCACAGCCGUUCAUUUUAGGAUAAGCGAAGUUGAUUGUUAAAUUUUUAUUUACCAUGUUAGGUAAAUCGCUUCGCGAUCUAAGCUCAUUUAUUUCUUAAAUCAUGGCCUAAGUCCAUAUAGAUUAAGAAAUAUCGUGUCUCAAAAGUCAAAUUAUUUUAAAUUUUACUUUAUCAGGUUGUGUUUUUUACUUUUUUUGUUUAUUCUUUUUUCAUAUUUGUUUUAAUAAAUCAGACAUUGAAGGUGAAAUGUAUGCAUAAGAAAACACAUUGUGAAUAUAAUGUAUUGUGGAGCGCGAGGUCGGCGCCUGCGGGGGGGGGGGGCUCCCUCACCUUUAGUUAAAGUUAUCCCGUUAAGUAACAACUUCACAAACUAAUCGUGCUUACUUGUUAUAAUAUUUAACUCGUUAGUGAUAAUUUCGAUCGACUGGAGCUAAGAUGAUUGUAGCGAUUGCGUAUAUUUUUGUUUAGAAACAUUCAUUUAACUUUACUCAAUUUCCAUUUUUUACUGCUUGUAUAGCUAAAAUAAGACGAGGCACGUUUUACUUGGUAAUUGUCCUGCCUUAUUCUGUACAUAAUUGUUUUUGUAUACAGCUAUUUAUUAAAAGAAUGUUAAACGAAUUGAUGGAUGUCAUUAUUUCAUUGUUCGAUGAUCGGUCAUCAAUACUGUCGAUAGUGUACGCUAUGCAAAUAUAUUGUAUUCAUAAAAAGCAUAACGAAAUAAUAUUGAAUUUCAUAUUA